GGUGUGACUGGGUGUGCUAUGAACUUAUCACAGUGCGCCGCACAGUGAUGUGGCACGCCUCCCCCCAGUCCUUUCCAUUCGGUCCAUUUGGGCGCCUACAGUAGCGUGGCAUGGGAUCGGUAACCUUGCACAUGGACAAGAUCAGCUGUUGGAAAGCUGAUCACAACACACGCAAGGCUCGUGUCGUAGCCUCGUUCCUUUUUGCACAUGCUGCCCUACUUCCCCGGGUCUUGACAACAUUGUUCUAUUGCGCUUCCUUGUUGAUGUGAAAUGAGCGGCUUGUUUUGAUAUUUGUGGUUGCACAAUGGCCUCAUCGCAAGAGUCGGCGUAUCUGCAGGGUGAGGAGAUGAGGUGGCAAGAUUUCGACAACGAGAAAGUAUUCGAGGCAGCAAAGGAAACCGCAGCCGCCGCCACGUGUGAUAGUUUCGUUCUCGAGUUUGGCCCGAACAGUGCGCGUAUAGUGCAGGACUUGGAUAAUGGCCAGUUUCAGUUCCUCAUGAAGCAGGAGAAAAGAGAUACCGGAUUUCCUAUCCGAUGGAUCAAUAUUUGGAACACGAGUAAGCAUAAGGAUGUUGUCAAGCUGAUUGGGCAGAAAUAUGCCUUUUCCCAAAGACUUAUAUCUUUGAUGAUAUAUGCGGCGGAAAUGCAGCAACAUGCUACCCAAGCUAGAAAGAAGAAGGGCUCGGUUGCAACCAAAAAGACCGCAUCUAAAAAUGUGGGCAGGGCUACGAGAACACAAGGCGAUGCAGAGAAGGGGUUAACCGACAUGUCGUCCGGAACUAGUCCUGCUCCCGAGCCGAGAGGAUCGCUACCACCUUUGGAGGGCGAAGAAAUCGAGAUAUACCUCCUCAUGAAAGACACUGUCAACUACUCAUCUAUCGAUCACACAGAUAAAGCUCUCUGUGUUGGUGCUCAUUGGCUCCACAAACGUCCUGAACGUCCUGGGCAGGAAAUCGAGGUAGACGAAAAUGACUUUAUGCCACCCAAACAUUGGCUGUGGCUUGUGUUGUGCGACGAUCAUACGGUAAUCACACUUCAUGAAGGGCCUGUAUUAGAGGCGGUACCGGAGGGUUGGAAAAAAGAGGAGUGGGACAGAGCACAAUAUAAAAGCAUGAGGGCCAACUCGCUCGAUGUGCUCUUGCAACAGUCUCAACGGGGAAUGAGCUUGUACGAGCAACGACCUCUGUCUCAGAAUUCCAUUCGUCAAGCAUUGAAGAAGUCGCUUGACCGCCAGAGCUCGAGCAAACCUGGAAUGAGCAGGGUCCAUUCGGAUGUUGCACCGAUUGAGACAGCCCCAAAUACCACUCUCGAGGAUGAAGGAACUAGUAGCCUCUUCUACUACCUCUUUGAGGACUAUUCUGCCACUGGUCCACUGAAGGCAGCUGGCAAGAUUUUGGAGGAGCUGACGCCCAAGGUUCUUCACAGCGCAGAGCGCAAGAGCCGGGUCAAAAGUCGAGAAAUCAUUCAACCAUUGCAUAUCCUGAGUAAAGACUUGCGUACUCUGAAGCACUUGUUCGAGACUUAUAUGAUCUUGAUCAACAAGAUAUUAACUGCCACAAAACGACCGGGUCCUCCACAGCCCGACCCACGCUUCUCGUUCGCAUUGCGCUCUGAAUCAUCCAAUCUAUCCGAAUCGCUCAUCAUGAGCAGUGAUCCCCAACGCAAGGUGUUCCUCACCUCGUCGGCCUUGCAGCGGUUUGACCGCCUGCGGGACCGGCUGAGAAGCAUCAUGCUUAGCACCAUCGAGGGUCAUUUCGAGGAGAUCAACGCACUGCAAGAUACGUACUUCAAUCUUACCCAGCAGAAGGAUUCGGCAGCCACCGCGCGCUUAACUCGCAGCGCCACUCUUCUCGCGAAACUGAGCGUCUUCUUCCUGCCUAUCAGCUUCAUCACCGCGUACUUCUCCAUUCAGGUUGAGGAUAUUUACACUGGCUGGACCGCAGGCGAUUACUAUUACACGUUCGCAGUGACAAUUUCCGUCUCGUUCUUGAGCCUUUUCUUCUUUGGAAGACUGCUCACGGCCUUGAGUGACGCGCUGGAUGACUGGGCCGACAAGAUUUCGGAUGGGUUCAGAAAAGUUUUCCGGGUAAUAACGGGAUUCAAGAUGGAUGAUGACGAGGAAUGAUCAGUACAAACCUGGCUGUGGAGAGUAGUGAUUGAGCGUGCGGGAUGAUACCAAUCGGACCUUCAGGUCACUAUUGUGAAGUUUUGUUUUGAGCAGAUGUGUCUAAUCAAUAGCGGGUAAGGUUACUUUUUGGCAUGGGAAUGCGAGCAGUUAGCAUACGAAGAAAUU